AACAAAGAAUUUUAAUUAUUAAAAAGUGUUUAAGUUGUUUAAAAUAUAAAAUUUAAAUUAAUGUUACAUUUCAUUUUUCUUCUUUUAAAUUUCUGCUUGUAUAAAGUGGAUUUAUAUUUCUUUUUAUUGAUGUAAAAAUUGAUAAACAAAAUAUUUUCGAAAACUCAGGCUGAAUUGUAAUCAAAAUAAAUUGUUAAUUGUCUUUUACAUUUGAUGGAGACAAAAAAAAAAAAGAAAAAUAUUUGAAUGAAAGGUUAAAAGAACGAGAUACGUCAUUGCCUGGAAUAAAAACAAAUUAUUUCAAUAAUAAACUAUAUAGUGAAAUUUAAUUUGAACAAUUUGUUAAAUUUACCACUGAAUUCCCUCGGAAAAUUACAUAUAUUUGUCAAUUACCCAAUCGGAGAUCAUCUUCUAUCUGAUCUAGACAAGCGGCAAAGUCUUCUUAUCUGACAGCUUAUCUUUUUGGAACUGCUGCUGGGAAAGGGGUAAAGAUAAACAGAGUCAUGUUUUAUGUUGUUUUUUCGUUGAAAAUUUCAUGAGAAGUAAUAAAUUUGUGAGAUGCAAUGAAUGUUGAUUGUACUGUGAGAAUAGUGCGUUUAUGCUGUUAUCAAUUUUUUUUACACAAUCAAGAGAUUAUAAAAACAAAUUUUUAGAAUAUACAUAAUGGACAAUUAUUCCCAGCAGAGAUACGAUACUAAAAUUGAGAGUUUUGAUUCUUGUAUGAUUGAAACAAAUCAACAACAAGAAAUAGCCCAAACAGUAAAUACUACCUCUCAACAGGGACAAAUUGAAAAUGAAGAAAAUCAUGAAGCUGGAACAUUACCUCCUCAACAAUCACAACAUAUACAAAAUCAAUCUCCAUUGGUACAAAAUGCUCAACAACACAUGACACUUACCCCGGUUCGACUUCCUGCAAUAUUAGAUGGUGAAUUCUUCUCUGUUAUUAGAUUGGAAGACACUAAUGUUACAGUUCGAUGUUUACAAUGUCAAAAACUCUUAAAUGGAAACCUCAAGUCGACUGGCAAUUUUCUUAGUCACAUAAAAAGAGUUCAUCCAUUUAUGGUUGAUAAAAUCAAAUGUAAAUCGAAUCAAAGAAGACCAGCGGUAAUAUAUAUUGAUUUAUCAGCAGAACGAUGUCCAGAGAUUGUCAGGGCGAAACGAGGAUAUCGAAAAUACUAUAAAAUGGAAGAUUGUCAGCAAGUGAAUGAAGAGACACCGAAUUUUGAACAAACUCCUGAAUGGACGGAACCGUCAAUUGUUCGUAGACGAAAAUCCGAGGAACCUGAGUCCAGUGAAGUAAUGAAAGUUUCUCACAAUAAUUCACUUAUGAUUGAAGAUGAAUUUGAUGCAAUCGGUAGGAAUGUGGCAGCAAAAUUGCGAAAUAUGCGACUCGACCAAAGAAUAAUUGCCGAAAAACUUUUAAAUGAUAUUUUAUUUGAAGCGCAACUUGGUAAUUUGCAUCGAGAUUCAAAUAUACACGUUUGAGAAGAAAUUUAUUGUCUUUGGCGAUAAUGUACAGAAAAAAAAGAAUCUAUAUAUAAUCAUUAUUAUUCUGAAGAGUGAAAUUGAAGACAAACUGAAAUGAAAACACAGGAACUUAAAAGAAAAAGUUAAGUUACUGAAAGUAACGGCAAUAAAACAGAAAAAUUUGCAUUUAUUUAGUUAUACAUUCUCACGUAAAUUUCAUAAUGUUAUGAAUUACUUAUUAAAAAAUUGAGUUUAUUUAAGGAAGAAAAAUUAUUAACUGCAAUUCAGUACUAUAUAGAGUAGUAAAAAGUUAAUAAGUCCAUUGCUCAAAAUAAUUGCGACUUUUUUAUCCAUUUUUUUUGUUUUUUUUUUUAUUACAAUAAAUAGUGCUUGUAAUUUUGAGAGAAGUGUGUUUGGUGAAUAUAAUUUUGAGGUAAGGUUUAAUAAGAAGUUUCAAGUUUUACAUAUUAUAACUCUUGUCUUUAUACGAAAUUUAUUUACAACGAACUUUGAAAGUUCAAUGACAUUUCUUUAUAAACAAUUAUUUUCUAUUGUUAUGAAAAAUUUUUUUUGUAUUAAAACAUUAUAUGAAUUAUUAAAUUUUAUUCUAUGAAGAAUUUCUAUUGUAAAAAAAAAAAUGUCGCCAAUAUGGAAUAGGCACCAAAAUUUUUAUAUAGAAGCUUAAAUGUAUUUAAAAUACAUUUCUAGUAUUUGGUGUUUUUUUUAAAUAUUUUCUAGAAAAAAAAAACUAUUAUUGACAAAAUUCUUGAAAAAACUCGAUUCAUUAAUGAAAAAAAUUAAUUUUUGAAAUGUUUAUAAACUACGUGAGCUUCUUAAUAUGACUUCCAAUGUUGCUUAAACAUCUAAUCAAAAACUUUUUUUUCAGUACAUAUAAAGUCAUUGAUUUCAAAUAUGAAACACACAUUGAAAAAUUGCGGUAAUUACGUAGAUAAAUUAAUAAGUUCGUAUAAUACGAUAUUCAAUAUUGUAAAGAGCAUAAAGGUCUUUUAACUUGUAAAUAUUACUUACCCGAUUAUUCUAACGAUUAAUGACUGUAAACACUUUUACACUAUAAGUACAAGAUACGAAAGACGAUUUCGAAAAGUAUGUGAUGUAUAAAUACGUAUUUUUAAAAGAAAAAAAAAAAAUGAUAACACGCUAUGAGAUACAAGUUCAAAUGGAGUCAUUGUUAAUAGUAUAAUAAGUUAUCGGAAAUUGCCAUUUGUAAAGGUAGUUCAUUUUCUAUUGUAUAUUAUAGAAUAAAGAAUAGAUUUUACUAUAAACAGAUAA